GCAGCACGCUUGGAUCUCCAGCUGCAGCUCCGCAGGAUAACCUCCUCUGCUGUCCACCUCGGAGCUCCUUCUGCGCCUCCUGCUCUCCAGAAUGUCCGCUGUCAGAGUCCUGAGGAGCCGCCGGCUCCUCCGGCAGCUUCCCCCCGGCCUCCCGGCCUCCCUGCGUAGACACUACAGCUUGGACGUCCCCGCUGCGCUGCUCCGGACUCAGGGCUACUUUGGCGGCCGCUGGGUCUCUGCAGCCUCGGUGUUCCCGGUCCUGGACCCAGCCACCGGACAGGAGCUGGCCCAGGUUUCUGACUGCGGCCCAGCAGAGGCCAAACAGGCGGUGGAUGCCGCCUAUGAGGCGUUUCAGUCCUGGAAGCAGACCACCGCCAAGGAGAGGAGCCUCCUGCUGAGGAAGUGGUUCGAUCUGCUCAACCGCCACAAAGAAGACUUGGCCAAGCUGAUCACGUUUGAAAGUGGUAAACCCAUGCGGGAGUCUCUCGGAGAGAUGGCGUACUCCGCCGCCUUCCUGGAGUGGUUUUCAGAGGAAGCUCGGAGAGUUUACGGAGACAUUGUCCCGUCUCCAGUUAAAGACAGACGGAUCCUGCUGCUCAAACAGCCAGUAGGAGUGGCCAGCAUUAUUACUCCGUGGAACUUCCCGAGCGCCAUGAUCACCAGGAAGGUUGGAGCCGCUCUGGCUGCCGGCUGCACCGUGGUGGUGAAGCCGGCCGAGGACACGCCGCUGUCGGCUCUCGCUCUGGCUGAGCUGGCGGAGCAGGCGGGGAUCCCUCCAGGCGUGGUCAACGUGGUUCCUUGCUCCAGAGAGAAGACCCCGGCGGUUGGACACGUCCUCUGCACGGACUCACUGGUGUCAAAAAUCUCCUUCACUGGAUCCACGGCCACCGGGAAGGUGUUGCUGAAAAUGGCUGCCGACACGGUGAAGAGGGUUUCCAUGGAGCUCGGCGGCCAUGCUCCCUUCAUCGUGUUUGACAGCGCAGAUGUCGACAGUGCAGUGGGUGGAGCCAUGGCUUCCAAGUUCAGGAACUCCGGGCAGACCUGCGUGUGCUCCAACCGCUUCCUGGUUCAGAGCGGAAUCUACGACCGCUUUGUGGACAAGUUGGGUCGGGCAAUGGACGCCGAGCUCCGUCUGGGUCACGGAUCAGAGCCGAACACAACACAAGGGCCGCUGAUCAACAGCCGAGCUGUGGAGAAGGUUAGGCUGAAACUACCUGAUCCAGAGCUUUCUACAUUUUCCAGACGUUCUAGCAUCAAAAUCUUGAUCCUGGGGCGCGCUUUGGUGGCGCAGUGGUUAGCGCACACGAAUCCUUCUGAGUUUGAUGCAUCUCUGCUUGCAGGCUACUUCUACUCGCAGGAUGUGAGUCAGAUCUGGCGGGUGGCCGAGGCGCUGGAGGUGGGGAUGGUCGGGGUCAACGAGGGCCUCCUGUCCACCCCUGAGGCCUCCUUCGGCGGGGUCAAACAGUCCGGUUUGGGCCGCGAGGGUUCCAAGUACGGCAUCGACGAGUACUUGGAGGUGAAGUACAUGUGCUUCGGAGGACUCAAACCCUGAACCGGGACGGUGCCGAUCAGCUGGUACCGUAAGCGGGUCAGAGACGGUGGUUUGGACCAGCCUAACUUUGAGUGUUGGAGAUCAGAUGAUUCAAUGCUGCUAAUUAACGUGUCAAAGGAAAUUAACCGCUGGUUGAUCAGAACAGAACCUGGUUCUGUUUGGUGACAUUAACAUUUUCUAAUCUGAGACGAGGCUGUUUGCACUGAUUAGCUGGGAAUAAAAUUAACCUAAAACCUCCAGAUUACAGCAUCAUCAGCAGAAAACACUGCUGGUUCUAAUCUGACCCAGAAACUCUAAAAGAACCCGAUGUUUUGUUCUGCAGCAGCCGGACGGCGCUGACCUGCAGGGGGAAAUAGAAAAACUAGAACUAACCAAUCUGCAACAGCGACCGCCUUUUAUAGCUGAUGGUCUCUGCUGAGUCGGUGGAACCGUCACAGUUCUACCAUUACGGGCCUCCAUGUUCCGACACCAACGUCAUUCUGGACUUCAACUGGCCGUUAGGCUGAAGCUCGCCUCUCAUGUGCUGAACCCAUAAAACUGGAUCAGAAUCCCUUCAAAGUCAAGAAACUUUCUGGUUCCAUCAUAACUAUCCCGGUUUCUGGUUCCACGAGUGGAAACGGACCCAGAGUCUCUACAGGAACAUCAAAUGAUCACUAUUAUUAACGGACAAAGGUCCGUUCCUUCAUAAACAGCCAAACCUGAAGGAUUUAGGCAGAAAGGAAAACACUGAAACAGCAGAAGCUUCCUUAAAUUUUGAGCCGUCUGUGUUCUCCCUU